AUGGAGACCAUUGUGAGUUUCUGCACAGACUGGCCAUGUUUGGCAGCGGGCCCCCUUGCUAGGGUCGAGGAUCAGGUCAACGGCUGGGGCAACUGGUACCAGCCAUUCUCUGCACCUUGCCCCAGGACUUUGGCGGAUACAGCGAGGGCACAGUUCUGCUCGCUGGUGUUUCUUCCCCUCGCAAUCUCACCAAGGCCUAUAUUGUUCUCUAUGUUUGUCAGCAGUAUUGUUUACUGCCCUGGACCCGAGACUGUCGCCAAGGGUGAUAAAGCAGUAUGGGAGCCUUUUCUUAUGAUGGAUGACGACCAACUUAUUUGCUACUACUCCACGCAAGUCGACCCUAAGUGCAACCAGAAGCUCUCACACAAGACGACCAAGGAUCUACGCGAUUGGAGCGUCGAGGUUGACGACGUCGCGUUUCCCAACACUGACAAACGUCCUGAGAUGGCAGUCGUCGCUUACAGCCCCGUCUCCAAGAAAUACGCCAUGACACUUGAGCACUGCGGUAGCCCUCUUACCGGCGGCUGCCCUGUUUACUACAAGGCAUCCAGCGACCCUCUCGACUUUGCAUCCGCUACCGAACAGCCCAUCAUUCCCUACAACGGGGGAAUAAACCCCAACCGCAAUCCACGUGUGAUUUGGACUGCUGAGCCUGGAAUGGAUGGCAGGGGAAUAUUUAUCGCUAAUGGCGGUGGCCGGGAGGAGGUGUUUGUUAAUACGGAUGACCUUGACCCUAAUAGCUGGAAGCCCGUCAAGGUUGGGCGGUGGGCAGCGUAUACUGCCCGGAUUGACUUUGACAAGAGUGUUAUUUUGAGUUGA